AUGCCUUCUCGGCCUAGCCUACCAUCCAACAAUGUCUUUGUCAAAGACCUCAUGAUAUCUGUCUCUCCAUGCUCAGCAGACAACCACUGCCCGAUAUGCAAAGAAGAAUAUGACGAAAAGCACCUCCCCACCCUUCUCCGACCCUGCGGUCACAUCUUCGGAAAACAAUGUAUACAUUCGUGGUUUGCGGAGGGCAUCAACACAUGUCCUCUGGAUAGAAACCAGCUCUUUGACUCGUCUACGUAUGCUGAGGAAGACGAAGCUCGGCCGUCACCUCCUGUCGGUGACACUUCAACCCAACGAAACAGCACCAGGUUUAGCAACGCGAGAAGAAGCGAAGGCUUCCGUGGAAGGAGUCGGAGUAUGGGCUAUCUACUGUGUCUCAGCGGUGAAAUCAUCGCAGUAGAUGGUUACGUAACACCAAACGGAUGUCGUCGCCUGGUCCGCGAUCUCUGGUAUGAAAUUGGCGUUUUGUUCGAACGCUUGCUGAUUCACCCUGACGAGCUUGACCCUCUGUCUGUGAGCGAUGACGAGAUCCGUAGCUCCAUCCUCGACGCGCUACCACGAGGCAUUCGUGUUGAUGAAACAGCAUGGCCAGCAAUGGGGCAUGUAGCAAGGACCAUGUUGAAUCGCUAUAGCGUGGCAUAUGCGGAGGGAUUUCAAGCGAGGAUGACGGUUGAGGACGCAAUGUGCUGGGGGCAAGAUAUCUGGGAUAUUUGUGGUCUAGAUAGUACUGAAGAUUGA